GAGGAAACGCCAUUAUCAUAAAAGGCAUGCUUGGUGGCACUCGAUGUAGACUUUGGGCAGAGGACAAAUAUGGAACUCGAAUAGGGGGUGAUGGAGCAGGAGAUUAUGAAUCUUGUGAUGGUGUAUAUGGUGGUAGGCAAAAAAAUAUUAAUACAGGGUCAACUGAACCGUAUGCAAUAGUUGUAAGAGUCCAAGGCACCCUAAGAGCCGAAAAAUGGAGGGGCUUGUAUAGUGGUAAUAUCACUUGUCGUCUAACAG